GACCCUCCUGCGCUGCUAUUGAUUUGAAAAACGACCCUCGCUGCAGCGAGAAAGAAAGGCGACGCCCGUGGUGGUGGUGGUGGUCGUGGCAGUCGGUAGGCAUGGAGUUUGAGAAGAGGAAGGGCAUGGCUUUGGCAGCCUUGGCUUCAGAAUUGGGCGAUAAAUCCCCUAAAGGAUCAGUCGAUGCCCCAAUCCUUCUCUUGCUUCGCACCAUCAACGCCAUUCCCUCCUAUUUCACCACCUCCUCUUGCUCUGGUAGAAUCUCCAUCCUCCUCCACCCUCAUACCAUUACGAAGAAGAACAAAAAGAAAGCGGGGGAUUGGUUAUUUGUGAGCCACGAGCCUGCAAAUCCGGAAGCCGUAGUUCGGCUCUUGUUCGACGAGCAAGAGAGAGAGCAGGAUGGAGGGCUUGUUGUGUUCAGAUUUGAGCCAUUCAUUCUCGCUGUUGAUUGUAUUGAUGUAGCCUCGGCCCAGUCCCUCGUCUCCACAGCCAUCUCUUGUGGUUUCAGAGAGUCUGGUAUAACGGGUAUUGGGAGGAGAAUUAUGGUGUCAAUAAGAUGCUCCAUUCGGUUGGAGGUGCCAUUAGGACAACUUGGUAGGCUCAUGGUUUCGUCAGAGUAUGUGAGAUUCUUAGUUGGUCUUGCUAAUGAGAAAUUUGAGGAGAAUAAGAGGAGGACUGAUGCUUUCCUUCAGGCGUUACAUAUGAAGGGGUCACCAGGUUCAGCUGACAGUAAGAAAGAUUUUCAUGAUAGAAUACAAGGCUACUCCUCCAUGACACGAAGCAAAUUUGCUGAUCUUGAAUCCAAGCAAACUGAUAUUUUAUGUGAAAUGAGUUCGUCUGAGAAAGAUAUCCCGGCUGCCUGUGCAGCUGAACCUCCGAAUAUGCAUAUGGAAGAUGAAGAUCCUUAUGAUUACAGGAAGUUUUCAGUGGGUAGCAUAUUGCUGUCAUAUCAUUCAGAAAUUGAGCACUGCAAGUUGGAUAGAGAAGAAACAGGACAUGAUUCUGGGUCAUCCAAUUCUCUUCAGCAUGGCCUUUCAGUCAAUGAACUGGUGAUCUCUGGUGAACUGGUUGAGAAGCUUCUCCUUUGGGGCCAUUCUGCUUGUGUAUUAGAUACUACAAAGUUUAAGCAAAUCCUGGUUUUUGGUGGAUUUGGAGGUUUAGGGCGACAUGCUCGCCAAAAUGAGUCUUUCACUCUAGACCCUAAAGUAGGCUUGUUAAAAAAGAUAAAUGUAUCAGGCCCACCAUCUCCACGCAUCGGUCACACAUUGUCAGUUGUUGGAAACCACGUAUUUAUUAUUGGAGGCCGAGGUGAUCCAAUACAAAUUCUUGAUGAUGUAUGGGUCCUUCAUGUAGAUGAAAAUAGAUGGGAACAGUUAGCUUGUUCUGGUAGUGAGUUCCAUGCGAGGCAUCGGCAUGCGGCUGCAGUUGUGGGUUCAAAAAUAUAUGUUUUUGGUGGUCUUGACUGUGGAAGGAUAUACAGCAGCAUGUUUGUUUUAGACACAGAAUUGUUGCAAUGGAAUGAGGUGUGUAUCAAAGGGGAAUUGCCUUGUGCCCGCCAUUCACAUUCGAUGGUGGCUGUCAGUCGCAAGUUAUAUAUGUUUGGGGGUUAUGAUGGUGAGAGACCCUUAGGGGACCUAUACAGUUUUGAUGUUGCCACUUCUCUGUGGAAGAAAGAGCUGACAUUGGGAACAAAUCCAUCCCCAAGACUUUCACAUUGCAUGUUUGUCUAUAAAAGGUAUGUUGGCAUAUUGGGGGGAUGCCCUCUCGGAUACCAAUACCAGAAGUUAGCGUUACUCGAUCUGAAUGAUCUAGUUUGGAAGCAUGUUAAGCUACAAUCUAUCAAUGAAUCUCUUCUGAUUCGUAGUGCAGCUUGUGUUGUUGAAGAUGAUCUUGUCAUUAUUGGUGGCGGUGCAUCUUGUUAUGCAUUCGGAACAAAGUUUAAUGCUCCAUUGAAGAUAAAUUUGUACAAGAUAGGUUUGUUACCUUGUGGUUCUUGUGAUAUAGGAGACAAAUCCAAUGCAAAAAUUGAUGAGAAAGGGCACGACAGUAAUACCGGUAUUUCCAUUUGUCAUGGAGAUGAUCCGCUGGCAUCACAUGAGAAUGAUUCAAUGUGUAAGGCUACCAAAUUGAGUCCUGUAUCUUAUGAUGCUAAAUUCAGUGACCACACAGACAUAAUGGCUGGGAGCAAUAGUGAUAACAAGUGUAUGAAACACUGGGUUCUGCAGAUUGAAAGAGCACAUGCUAAAUUUGGAAAGGAUAUAUUAAAAAAUUUAGGGUGGUUGGAUCUUGGGAGAAGGGUGUAUUCAAGCAAGGAUGGAACACAAAUUUAUUUACCAAUAACGAAAAACUGCUACCCCUUUCUUCGAGAGAAAUUAAUGGCUUCUGCUGAAGGAUUUGAUAACUGGAAUGGCAUUUAUCCAAAAAAACUGAAUUCAGGAAAGGAAAAUUUUCAAUCGGUUGAUUCUUUAUCAAUAUUAGUCAAUCUUCUGUUAUCUGGUGGUGGCUCCCUAACUAUUGAUGCCAGUCCUCGUGCUCGAAAGGCACCCAAAGCUCCUCACCAUGUAUUGAGAGAAGAAGUUUGUUCAUUGAUAAAGCAGAAAGGCCUUUCUCCAGAGCUGCUGGAUCAGUUGCCCAGCAGGUGGGAGAGAUUCGGGGAUUUGUUAAUACUUCCCAUGGAUUCUUUUAAGGAUAAGGUUUGGGAUUCUAUCGGGGAGGAGCUUUGGCCAAUUGUUAUGAAAUCACUUGAAGCAAAUCGUCUUGCUCGUCAGGGUCGAAUUUCUCCCACUGGGACAAGGGAUAGUACUGUAGAGCUCCUUAUGGGAGAUAAUGGCUGGGUUGAGCAUCAAGAAAAUGGCAUAAUCUAUACUUUUGAUGUGACAAAGUGCAUGUUUUCUUCGGGUAACGUCUCUGAGAAGCUUCGGAUGGCCCAUCUUGACUGUAGGAACGAAGUAAUUGUCGACUUGUAUGCUGGAAUUGGCUACUUUGUGCUUCCUUUCCUUGUUAAGGCCGGAGCAAAACUGGUUUAUGCUUGUGAGUGGAACCCUCAUGCGUUGGAGGCUCUACGUCACAAUGUCCGAGCCAAUCAUGUAGCCGAUAGGUGUAUCAUUCUUGAAGGAGAUAAUCAGAUCACAGCACCCAGAGGAAUAGCUAAUCGUGUUUGCCUUGGUCUCCUUCCAACCAGUGAAAGUGGUUGGCCAACUGCGGUGAGGGCAUUGAGGCCUGAGGGCGGUGUAAUGCAUGUGCAUGGAAAUGCCAAAGAUGUAGAGGAGGGCUCAUGGUCAGAACAUGUAGUAAGAUCAAUAAAGGACAUUGCUGAUUCUAUAGGUUAUUGCUGGGAUGUUUCAAUUGAGCAUCUGGAGCGUGUGAAGUGGUACGCACCACACAUUCGACAUCUUGUAGCAGAUGUGAGGUGUCGCCAAUGUAAUUCCUACAUUUUAUAGCAGAUAGGUUUCUGAUCAGAUUUUUAUUGGUUCAUAUGGUGCAAGGGACAUCCACAUUGAGAUUUUUGGCUUCAAACCAUUAAUUCUUGUGAGUCAAUAUUAAAUGAGUCAAAAGUUAGAAAUAACGUGACUGGGUGGAAUUUAUGUUUGGCAUGAGAGAAACUCUUGUAACUAAGAAGGGUUUCUUAAAGACCUAACUCAUGUUAUAAAUAUUUAUUCUGCCAAGUAAUGUUGGAAACUCUGCUCAUUGAUAAU